CUACCCUGAGACUGAGGGCAGGCACACCGGCGGCUUCCGGGAGGAGCAAUGUGGCGGCUUCCUUCCCGCAUGUCUCUCUAUUGGGUUGGUUGGUAAAAAGGAAAGCUGUGAUUGGCAGCUGGAGGUGCGGUUAGCCUACGGCUAGCAAUGAUACUGCUGGGUGCUGAAGAUCCUGCACGGAUGAUGAGUGCGGGUCCUGGAGGCGGUUGCCGUGGUGACCGUAGAAUGGAUACCCUUCUGCUGCUGUAGUAACAGUAAAUCACCCAGAAUGAUCCGCAUAGCAGCCUUAAAUGCAGCUUCUGCUGUAGAGGGGGACCAUGAAGAGACUUUUAAAAGUCACAAAACUCAGACCAAAGAGGCUCAGGAAGCUGAGGCGUUUGCCCUUUACCACAAGGCCUUGGACCUACAGAAGCUUGACCGCUACGAUGAGUCCUCCCAGGCCUAUCACCAGCUACUGGACACCCGCCUGCUGCAGGAGGCUGUUCCUUUGAGUGAUGAAAAGGAAGGCCUAAAGCAUCCCGGGUUAAUGCUGAAGUAUUCAACAUAUAAGAACUUGGCACAGCUUGCUGCUCAACGGGAUGAUCUGGAGACUGCAAUGGAAUAUAACCUGGAGGCUGUCAUGUUGGACUCUACUGACGUUAAUCUGUGGUACAAGAUUGGCCGUCUGGCUCUUCGUCUAGUGCGCAUUCCGCUGGCACGGCAUGCAUUUGAGGAAGGACUUCAGUGUAACCCUGAUCACUGGCCAUGUCUGGAUAACCUGGUCACUGUCCUGUAUACAAUCAGUGACUAUGGCAACUGCCUGUACUUUAUUUGCAAGGCUUUAGAAAGAGACUUUCGUUAUAGCAAAGGUUUGGUACUGAAAGAGAAGAUCUUCGAAGAGCAACCUGGCCUUAGGAAGGACUCUUUCCGUAUGUUCCUUAAAUGUGACCUGUCCAUUCAUGAAGUACAUGUAAGUGAGGAGGAGGCACACAGAAUUGUGGAGGAAGCAUUAGAUUUGCGCAAGAAAAGACAAGCGUUGACGGUAAAGAAGCAGGAGCCUGAUUUAAAGCUGGCCCAUCCCCUCCCGUUUUUAACGUGGAAGUGUCUUGGGGAAGGUCUUCUGGCUACCUACCGUCACCUCACAACCUGUGAACCACCUCGUCCUAGUUUGGGGAAAAGGAUUGACCUCACAGACUACAAAGAUCCAGAGCAUCUCCUUCAUGUUUCCCAGACCUCCUCCCCCCCUACAAACAAAGCUUCAGACACACCCAGCAGCUCAACCCCGCCAACACCAUCUGUGUCCGUAGCAGAGCCAUUCCCUACUCUCUCCUCUACCAGCAAUGUUGUAUCUUCCCAAAACAUUGCUGAUGCCUCAACUCUACAAGAUCAAUCCACUGGAGACAAGACCAAGAAGGGUGUUAAGAGGAGGAGGAUAUGUGAGGAUGCAGGGGAGACGGCCAAGAGACGCUCUGCCCGUGUUCGCAACACCAAGUGCAAGAAGGAGGAAAGAAUUGAUUUUCAAGAAUUGCUGCUGAAAUUCCUGCCAUCCAGGCUUCGUAAAUCUGACUCUGAGGAAGAUGAGGAUUCCUUUGGCAACUAUGAAAUGCAGACUGACCUAAAACAGGAGCAAUUCCCAGAUGGUGAUCUUGUAAUGUCUUUCGAUUCCACUACAUUCACGGAAUCAGAGAAACAAGAUGUGCAUCAGUUCUUGCUGGAUAAUCUAAACAAUGGGGGAAUCUUGGAACUUUUGAUGAGGUAUCUGAAAGUGAUUGCCCAGAAGUUCAUGGUGAAGUGGCCCUCAGGUCUGGUGGAGGUCGUGCUUAAUAUACAUGCUAGCUGGAGGAAACACUGCAAUGGACUGCCCAAUCCACUGCUGAGGGACUGUAAGGACCAGCACAUUCGGGACAUGAUGGUUAUGAGUCUGACAUGCAUGGAGCUCCAGCUGGACCAAUGGCUUCUGGCCAAAGUGAAGAACGGUACAGUUUCUCCUAGGAAGUGUCCUCCUGGACUCCCUGUGGAAUGCUUUGGACCAGACUUUCCUGGCACUCACUUUUUGGAGGAUCAGAUGAUGAUGGGCUUUGCAGGUUCUCAACAUGACCUAUUUCCGGAUGGCUGGCUGAAUUAUGUAGUGAGGGUAUACUGGCUGAAGGCACGAUUCUUGGCUCUGCAGGGCGACAUGGAGCAGGCUGUAGAAAACUUUGACAUCUGCACUGACCUUCUUCAAAGCCCAGAGGCUACAGAACAUAGACUGAAAGAAAAUAAAGAUGUCGCCGUUAUCAGACUACCCAACCUGCAGCUGGAUUCUACAGUGUCUGUGGAGGAGGUUGAAAACAGUCUGAAGUCCCUGGAGAGAUGCCAGUCCCUGGAAGAAAUUCAGAGAUUGCAUGAAAUAGGGGACUACUCCUCAGUGGUUCGUUUGGUGUGCCCUACAUUGUGUAUGAGUGGUUACAGCCGGACUAAACACCUUGACUUCAUAACGUCUCCCCCUGAGAGACCUGCCCAGCUACUUCUCAUGCAGGAUUCCCUUUUGAAGCUUUCAGAGUUCAAACAGUGCUUUGAGUGUUCAGAGGUGGCCUUGAAUGAAGCCAUUCAGCAAAUGAUGAGCUCGUCUUCAAGCACACCUAAGGAGGAAUGGGUUGCCACAGCAACACAGUUACUUACAGGAAUAGAUCUGUCUCUAUCAUCUGACAGUAGUAUCCUGCAGGAGUCAACACUAACACCACGACUCAUCCGUCUCAGCAAUAACCUCAUUCAGCUGAUAGACUGCAGUAUGGCUGUCCAAGAGGAACCCAAGGAGCCCUCCGUGUCCUCUGUCCUGCCCUGGAUCAUUCUGCAUCAGAUCAUUCAGUAUGAGGAGGAGAGCUUCAGCUCUAUGCAGCAGCAAACCGACCAGAAAGACGGAAACUCAUCCGCUCCAAUGCUUCCGUCAUCACUAAUGCUUCUAAAUACAGCCCAUGAGUACUUGGGCAGAAGGUCAUGGUGUUGUAACUCAGAUGGAGCCCUUCUCAAAUUUUAUGUACGUGUCCUGCAGAAAGAGCUAGCCAUGUCCUCCAAAGAAGAUACACAUCCCUUCAAGGAGGAACUAGAGACAGCUCUGGAGCAGUGCUUCUACUGUCUGUAUGGUCACCCCAGCAAGAAGAGCAAGGCUCGCUAUCUAGAAGAGCAUUCUGUACAACAGGUAAAGCUUCUCUGGGAAGAUGCACUGAUUCUGUUUGAGUACUUCAAGCCAAAGACCCUUCCAGAAUUUGAUAGCUACAAAACCAGCACAGUCUCGGCAGACCUGGCUAAUCUACUGAAGAAGAUUUCCACAGUGCUACCCCCCUCCGAUAAACCGAAACUGAGCAUGGAGAGUGUCUCUGCCUACAUUGAGGGCACAAGCACAAAGGUGCCAUUACUUCCAGAGGGAGCGGAGAAUUCCCCUGCAGUGCUGAGCGAGUUAUUUUAUCUUCUCGCAGACUAUCACUUUAAAAACAAGGAACAGACCAAGGCUAUUAAAUUCUAUAUGCAUGACAUCUGCAGCUGUCCCAACAGGUUUGACUCCUGGGCUGGCAUGGCCCUGGCAAGAGCAAGCCGUAUACAAGAUAAGCUGAACUCUAAUGAACUGAAGAGUGAUGGCCCCAUAUGGAAACACUCCACUCCUGUCCUAAACUGCUUUAAGCGAGCACUGGAGAUUGAUGCCUCCAACCUGUCCUUGUGGAUUGAGUAUGGCGCAAUGUCUUACACUCUCCACUCUUUUGCCUCCCGUCAGCUCAAGCAAAGGUUUAAGGAGCUACAACCAGAGGUUGUGGUGCAGCUGAAGGAACGUCGGGAUAGCAUGCUAGAGGCCGCGAGGCAGUGCUUCACCUCUGCUUCCCGUUGUGAGGGAGACGGGGAUGAAGAGGAAUGGUUGAUUCACUAUAUGUUGGGAAAGAUCUGUGAAAAACAAAAGGUGGCUCCAGAGUUGUAUCUGCAGCACUACAAGCAGGCAGCACACUACCUGCACGAAGAGGCUGCUCGUUACCCUAAGAAGAUUCAUUAUCAUAAUCCUCCAGAGCUGGCCAUGGAGGCUUUAGAGGUAUAUUUCCGUCUUCAUGCUUCUGUCCUGAAGCUGCUGGAAAAAAAUGAACAGGAACUAGAUAGCAAAAUGUUGUUCAACGUCAUGAAGGAAGCUUCAGAAGGACCAUUUGCCAAGGGAGAGGAAAAGAAUGCUCCCAAAUCUGCUGAGAAGGAGAAGCACAGCGCAUUGGAUGAGGACUCUCGCUCUUCAGCUGGGAUGAUGCCGGGCCCCGGGAAUUUGAUUCCUUCCUCCUCUGGUCCAGGUCUGACAUCUCCACCUUACACAGCCACUCCGAUUGACCACGAUUACAUCAAAUGUAAACCCCCCCGUCAUCAGGCCACACUGGACGAACGCAGCCAGGACAGUAUGCCAGUUGUCCUGUCAGAUUCUAGCUCUACACAGGACACCUUCACGGAGCCAGCCAGCUCCCAGGACAGCACCAAGAGACUGUACUUGGAGAAGAGAUCAAAUUACUCUCACACAUCAGCACAUUACAGAGAUGUCCCAACAGCAGCAGAUGAUAGGGGCAAAAUGGAAGAGCAAACGUACCAACCCGACACCUCUGGGACUACGGAGAUGAGAAUGGCCCCUGAGGUUCAGAGCCCUCCUACCUGUACCACACCCAUUAGGACUUUGUCACAUCCAUUACCUCUAGGAGACCAAAGAAAGAAAUCUGAAACUACUGUGGAAGUAUUGGAGUACCCCCAAAGUCUACCUGAAGGCACUGAGGAACAGCGCAAAGUCUUAAUAGAGCAAUGCAUCACUUCCUUCACACUGUGUCUAAGCCGCUUUCCCCAGCACUACAAGAGCCUGUACAGACUGGCUUACCUAUAUACACACAGCCACACUCAUCAGAACUUGCAGUGGGCCAGAGACGUGUUGCUAGGCAGCAGUAUCCCGUGGCAGCAGCUGAAGCACAUGCCAGCACAGGGACUCUUCUACGAGAGGAACAAGACUAAUUUCUUCAAUGGAAUCUGGCGGAUACCUGUGGAUGAGAUAGAUCGCCCUGGCAGUUUUGCUUCUCAUAUGAACCGUUCCAUUGUGCUCCUUCUGAACGUUCUGGCUGAGCUCAAAGACUCCAACACGCUGCUGAAAAUCUCGUGCAUGCUACAGAGGACCCCCGAUCAGGGGAAGAAGUAUUUGCGGGAUGUGGAUCGUCAGGUUCUGGCACAGAGAGCUUUCAUUCUCACCGUAAAAGUGUUGGAGGACACACUGAGUGACCUAUCUGGGGAUCCCAAGAGUUCGGACCCCAACUCACUCUUUACGGCUUCCAUGACAACAGACGUGUCGGGCCGGCCCACGCCAGAGGACCGGAAAGAUGCACCACCCAGAAAGAACUUGGUUCUGGUUGAAGGGGCAGCUCCAAGUACUGAGAAUGGGGGCAAAGAAACAGCCCAAGUGUCUGUCUCCCAGGCCAUGGAAACUGGAGAAUCCAGGACUGUGAAAGAGGCAGUUAAGCCUCAGUCAUCUGAACCCAUGGACUAUGAUGGGCAUUCCUGCAAUCAGGAGAAACGUGUGGACCAGUACCGGAAGGAUUCAGCUAGGGUUCUAAAGGACAAGGGACUUGAGGGUCCAGAGUUAUCAUUAGAAGAACUGAGCAUUAGUUCUAAGCAUCAGCUGCCUGCAGGGAUCAGAGAGACCGUGCAGCACACACCGCAGCAAAUGGAGGACACUCCACACAGAGUCAGCCGCAAGCGCAAGCUAUUAGAUGAUACGGAGAGCAGCAAAAGUCUGCUUCUUGAGGCAUAUCGUGUUUGGCAACAGGGUCAAAAAGUCACAACAUAUGACAUGGCCAAGAUUGAAAAAAUUAUGUGUAAAACAUACAUGCUGAUCAAACAGGUGGAUGAAGGUUCCGCUCUAGAGCAAGCUAUUAAAUUCUGCCAACUUCAGAUGGGAGCUGCUGCCCAGAAACAGCAACCUUCAGAUACACCCAGCACCCCAAAGAGUACGAAGGACCCCCGUGAGAUUGCUUUUUCUCUGCCCGCUGUUUCAGUACAGCUGACACCCCUCAAGCUGUCUACAUUCAGCUCAGAGAAACUGCUCCAACUGAAAGUGAAAACGGCACCAGCCACAUUAUCGUCCCAGCCUGAUACGGGCCGAGGGCCAGGGGCCAGAACCUGCUCAACCAUAGCACAAGUCAUCCGCGAAGAUGAGCGUGUAGAGGAUGUGUCCUUUCCAUGUCAGGAGUCCCAGUUAUGCCAACCAGCAAAAGCUACAACUGUGACUACAGCUUCUGAUACUCCUCACUGGCAACCAGAAGCGGUCAUUAGCUUUGCCAGUUCCAGUCACACAGAAACUGCCUGCAGCUCCAGGCCAUCUUCAGAUUCAAGUAUUCAGCCCAGUAAAACAGACAGUUCUCGAAACAAGCCCAGGGUCCACCCACAUGUGCCAAAGCUCUUCAUUCCCUCAUCCAGUGUUGCCAAAUUCCCUCCAGAGAUCACAGUCACACCCCCAACUCCAACCCUCCUGUCUCCCAAAGGCAGCAUCUCUGAAGAAACCAAACAGAAGCUGAAGUCUGUCAUCCUAUCUUCUCAGUCUGCUGCCAAUGUAAAGAAAGAGACUCUGUGCCAACCAGCUCUCGAGAUACUGGACACCUCCAGCCAAGAAUCAUCCCUGGAGAGUGACACAGAUGAGGAUGAUGACUACAUGGACAUCUAAAAACACUACAGUGAUUGCUCUUUACCAUCUGCCAAAAGAAAAGUCUGCAUUUGAUUCCCAGCAAAUCAUGCUUGCAUGUUCCAGCUCUCGGCAUGUGGAUUGCUUUUGCAGCUGCCAGUAGCCAAACCAUUGUAUAACAGUAUGCCGGUGCUCUACGCAGGUUCCUCUGACUGUACUGGUUUGGGAGCAGGGUCAGAUUACGGAGAACUUGUUCUUCUCCUCCACCGUUGGUGCUGACAGGAGAACUUUUGUCUUGGUGGACUUGCUGAGACCGACGGGCUUUGUAGCUGUCUUUUGAGGUCCAUAUAUUUUUCUUUUAUAUAAAUACAGAAUGUGAUGUUUGUAAAAUAAACACAAGUGUAAAUGAAAAAGAAAAUUGGGAUAAUCAAAGUUCCAAGACGAUAUAUGUUGCACAAUUUUUGUAAAGAUAAAUAAAACAAUAUCAUUUUCAUGAGCA